UAACACCCUCUCAUGUAUGUCUUGGCUAUUCUGUUUUAUUUAAAGCAACCACCAAAAAAACAAACCUUAGCUACUACGACCACAUCCUUUAGUCAUGGCCACAAGUUGCUCCUACAUGGUUUCCACCAAAUUAUCCAUGCUAGGUUGGAGUGGAGGAAGAAGAAGAGAAGCCAGAAGCCGGAGAGCAUUCUUGGUCUCAGCUCAACAACAAAGCGAUGUUAAGGAAGCAGAGAGCUUGAAGGUAGAAGAGGAGCAAGAGCAGGAACAAAUGCAAACUCAAACACCGAAGCCAAAAGGAACAACACCAAGGCCAGUGGAACCUCAGUUGAAUGUGAAGAGCAAAAACAUGCUGAGGGAAUAUGGAGGGCAGUGGCUGAGCUGCGCCACACGCCAUGUGAGGAUCUAUGCUGCGUAUAUCGACCCGGUGACUUGUGAGUUUGAUCAAACCCAGAUGGAUAAGCUCACCCUUAUUCUUGAUCCCACUGAUGAGUUUGUGUGGAAUACUGAGACUUGCAACAUGGUUUAUUCUUACUUCCAGGAGCUUGUUGAUCACUACGAGGGCGCUCCAUUGACAGAAUACACACUUCGCCUGAUUGGUUCAGACAUAGAGCACUAUAUAAGAAAGAUGUUAUACGAUGGGGCAAUCAAGUAUAACAUGAAUGCAAGGGUUCUGAAUUUCAGCAUGGGCAAGCCACGGAUCAUGUUCAACAACAAUGAUAUCCAACCUGAAGAUGCAACUGAGAAAUGAUUUGUGAAAUACACCAAGAAAAAGUGAGUAAUCAUUGGUGGUUUGCAUGUGAUUGUUUUGUAAAUUAUAAAAAAAUUCUAGACCAAAAUUAGACAUUUUUUGGAGUCGAGUAAAACUAAUGCAAACCAAAAGAUAGUUACAGAUACAGAGUAUUCUUACAGUCCGUAAUAUAGCUUCUGUUCCUCCUCAUGUUACUAAACUAGUAUAACCACCCCUGCUACACAAAUGGGUGUUAUAUUAAAUAUUUAGUAAUUUAAUUUUUAUGCAUUUUACUUUUGGUACAAAGUUAUAAGAUAUGUAUGACAUUAGUAAACAUACACAACUAUUUUAGAGUUUAAA